CAACGCGUGGCCACAAGGCGGAAAUAUCUUUCUCUUGUGCUUCUGAUGACAAUGGCCCUUCUGAUUUUGGCCAUAUGAAGCAGAGUACAGAACUAGCACAGACUUGAUAGGCUGAAGACAAUGCAUUGCCGCACGUCGUAGGAAUAUAAGGAUCCGACCGAUUUUCUUGUCACUCAGUGCACGCUGGUCGUACCUUCUCUCUUCUUACAUCCAUUGCUUUUGGCAAUGUCCCGAAAAUCCGCCUUCAACACGUGUCCCCAACCGACUCUCCCUGUCUUGCUUACGAUCGAGUUCGUCGAGAUUCUAUGCCAGACGAUAUUCUAUGGCAUUUUCCUCGUCAUUGUCCCUGUAUGUGUGCACACAUUCUUCAAGCACGGGUUGAAAGUGCGGUCUAGCGUGAUCAUGGUCAGCAUCACGAUGUUCACGUUCUCCAUAUCGACGGUGCACUGGUGCAUCACAGUCAUGAUGAUCACCUCCUUGAUCUCAUCCUCAAAUGUGUCGAGAGAUACAGGAAGUCGUCAAGUUCUCAACGCGAUCGCUCUUAUUAACUACUGCUUUGCCGAUGGUGUACUUGUUUGGAGAAUGCGUGUCCUUUGCUCCUCCUGGUUCUCGUGGCGACACCUGAUCAUUCCGGUCACCACCCUGAUUAUGACUUUCCUGUCGGUAAUUACGACCAUCUCCAUUCAAAUCUUGAUGAUUUCAACGUAUAGGAAUGCGAACGCUGCCGAAACCAUAACCCUAAAUAAGGCCAUCGAUGCCAGCCAGACAGCUACCAUGGUAUUCUCGCUCAUCACGAACGCGAUAGCCACCUUUCUCGUCGGACGGUGGGCAUGGGAAUAUCGAAAGUCUAUCCGAGCUACUCUAAGUAUGACGGUUAAAGCAUCUAGAAGCACUCCUGUAGAGCGUGUACUAGCUCUGUUGGCAGAAUCGGGCCUCAUUUAUAUCUUCUCUAGCAUAUUCGUGCUUGCUUCAUCAUUCAUACGUGUUUCCUGUGGGACCGUGGGCGACGUCUAUGUCCCAAUACACUCUCAGAUCGCAGGAAUGUAUCCC